AUGGGUAAUCUGUACGAGUAUACUAUGGGAAGGAUAAAGACGUCAAAACUAGGGUUUGAUGAUUUCUACAUUGACAUCGAACUCGAUCGCUCUAAACCUGAUGAACCGCAGCAUAUGUAUCAGUCCAUCGUCAAGCAGUACGAUCAAGACGAAGGCUUAUCUCGUUUUUCGGAUACAACUGAACUAGCUGAGUUAGACACUACAACGACGAUUUGUAAUAAACUCAAGGACUUGAAACCUUUCGAUCCUGUAACUGAGGAGUUGGGAGAACGUGAUAAAAAUGAUAUAUUAUACGGGCCAAUAACCCAUGAACAACACGAACAAAUCAUCAAGUUUAAUAGUUUGAACAAUAAGGAGCAAUUGGUUUGGUUCAUGGAACUAUUUGAACACUUUUGGUAUACAAGAACUAGAUCUUUCAGUUCCAAGGGAUCAAGACAAUCUAUUGUGGAUGAUAUAAAGAUGUUGCAUAAUACUUUGGGCGGGCCUAAAAAAUUUUUCAAUGUAGGCCAGGGGGUGUUCAAGUUGCCUCCCUUCACAUAUUUCCUGGUUAAGGAGGAGCUAUACCAUUUCUCCAUAUGCAUAUCGCUCAACCAAACGGUUUCAGUUGAUGAUUACAGGUCAGAUGUCACUACAUUGACUCUAAAUGAAAAGGUGGCCCAUGCCGUAUUGCUUGAUGUAAAUGCCCCGCUAAGGGAUGAUCAAGGAUUGAGAUUCAUUUUGUUGGGGCAAUCAGAUAAUCCGAAUAAGAACCAAACAUUGUCUACGCCUUCUAAUGCUGCGCUGCUCCAGUCUUGGCUGCACGAAAUACCGAUUCGAGUAGUGCGCGCAUACAAUUGUCAUUCAAGAUUCGCACCACUUUGGGGUUAUAGAUACGAUGGCCUAUAUCGCAUUAUCGAUGUUUACUCCGAUACCAACAAUGACGGAAUAAGAAUUUGGGUCUUCAUAUUCUCCGCUUGCAACGAGAAUAUUAUACCUCCAUCGCAUGUGUAUACAGAGCAAAUGGAAGCAACGCUUUAUAAGAUUAGAGACCCGCACACCCGUAUGCGUGUUGCAUAUCAAAUCCAGGCCCGCGCCAAGAUUCAGCGCGCCAUUCCCCUAAAGCGCUCGGAAUACAUAAAACAAGUGGAUGUCGUCUAUAAUGGAAAGAAGUUGUUUACAAUUGGGGUGUCUUAUAUGCUAAAGAAGAGGCCGUGCGACAAGUACCCUGCAGUACUAAAUCUGUAUUGCAUCUACAAGUUUAUAGUGAAGAUUUGCAUGGAAAGGAAGUUGGCAACUGGCUGGCUUAAUAAUGAGGUUCAUAAGUACCAGACCUAUGAGAACCUAAAUGUAUCGCAAGAUAAAUUGCAAGAGAGUCACACGGUAAUGUGGGCUUUGGGUGGAUUCCUACCAUUAGUGCUAGGAAUACAGAAGAUUGACAAAAAGAGGCUUACACUUGAUGAGAUGUGUGAUAAAUUAGACGACAAGAGGGUUGAAAAGUAUUGUGAGCAUGUGGAAUAUAUUCCAAUUAACAAGGAGAUGGCCAGGAUAUCUGCUAGGCAAUUUUUUCCACAGUCUGAAAUAGAUUUUAUUUGGACAUUUAUACACUUGAAGGGGCCGUUUCCUGAUACAUGGGAUCCCAGAGAGGAUAUCUCUGCUGGUACCGAAACCUUUCCAAUUCCAGUGGAGAACGAUAUUGACAAAGAAAUGCCUCCCAUGGGUUUUACAUAUGUUACGAGCAAUGUAUUCCUCUCUCGAUUACCAAGACUUGAUUUUGAACCUAUCUGUUCUGGUUGUCUUCCACCAAAUUUUGAGUCAAUUGACAAUUUUGAUCGAAUCGCCAUAAAUGGCUUCUGCAGGGCGUUAAAAAACAGGAAAAAUGGCAUGAUAUAUUGCGAGGGUGUCAACAAAGUAUACCUAUCAGCUAUCCAAAUUCAUGCCUCCUGUUCCGACAACUGCCUCUGUCCUAGUAACUGCACUAACAGGCUGCCUGAAGGUAUUCAAGUACCAGUUAAACUGGUCAAAACUGCGUUGCUGGACUGGGAAUUGCACACGCAGAUAUUUAUUCCCAAAGGUACAUACAUUAUGCAAUAUGUGGGUGAAGGUAUUUCCAGGAGCGAGAUGGUGGCAAGGGAACACAAGUACGAUAAGAUGGGCCUAUUUAACUACUGUAUGGAGGCAGUGGAAAUGGAGAAGGAGGUAGACGAUUGGCUUAUGCCUUGCAUAGAUUCAAUGUUCAUUGGAAACAUUGCCAGGUUUUUGAAUCACUCUUGCGAACCUAAUGUACAGGUUGUCACGGUGUGGCGGGGAGAAGAUUUCCCUUGUAUAGGUGUAUAUUCGUUGUGCGAUAUUGCAGCAGGGGAUGCCUUGACUUAUUGUUAUGGUUCGGCCUACAAGUCAAUUCCCUGUCUCUGUUGUUCCCCUCAAUGCAAGGGCUAUAUUGGCAUCAAUUAG